AUGCCUUUUACCACUGAAGGAAUUACACCAGAUCUUGUUAUAUGGUUGAAUGUUUGUUGGGAAAGGUUUCCACUAACAGGACAGGAAGGCGAUGCAACUCCUUUCACAGAUGUGACAGUUGAAGCUAUUUCUCAAAGUUUAAGAUCACAAGGAUAUCAAUCUAGAGUAUUUGAGGUAAUGUAUAUGAACAUAUGA